CGCUUCGAUACAACGUCAUAAGUCGGAAAUGACGUAUCUACGACGUUCGUCCACGUAGCUCGUGAUCAUUCUUGCGAUCGUGCUGCUUGACGUCAAAUACGACACUUUGUAUAACGUUCUCUGCUCGUGCACGACAAAUUUGAUUAUCAUGGAUCAGGUUAAAAAGCUAACAGAACCAGGACGUCAGUUUGCCAAAGACAGUAUACGUCUUGUAAAGAGAUGUACAAAACCAGAUCGAAAAGAAUUUCAAAAAAUUGCAAUUGCAACUGCCAUUGGUUUUUGUAUAAUGGGUUUCAUAGGAUUUUUCGUGAAACUAAUUCAUAUUCCUAUUAAUAAUAUCAUUGUGGGUUCGUAAAUUUAUAUUAUAUAAAAAAUAUUGUUAAGCUAUAAUAAGUUCAUCUGGUCUGUCCUCCGCUCCUAUUUUAACUUAAUUUAUAUAAUAUAAAACCUGUUUAUUAAAUUUAUCAUGAUUUAUAGAAAUAGAUUCAUAAGAUGUGUAUAAUAUAAUGAAUUUUAUAAUAAAAUAAGAAAAAAUAA